UAUAUCUCUCUCUUACCACUUCCCCCAAAUUUAGGUUUUUCCAGAUUCUCUUUUCAAUCGUUCUUCCAAAACCCACAAACCCUCAUCGAUUUUUCUCAUCAAUUUCACAAAGGGUUUCUUCGAUUAAUCAAUAAAUAGCCACAUAAACAUGGACCAAUAUGUUCUUGAUAACAUGAUUCGUAGGCUGCUUGAAGUUAAAGGAAGACCUGGUAAACAGGUUCAACUCACUGAGCCAGAAAUCAAGCAACUCUGUGUCGUAUCUAGAGAGAUUUUCUUGCGACAGCCGAAUUUGUUGGAACUCGAAGCACCCAUCAAGAUUUGUGGUGACAUCCACGGUCAAUAUUCUGAUCUUUUGCGCCUUUUCGAAUACGGCGGAUUACCUCCUCGUGCCAACUACUUAUUCCUCGGUGAUUAUGUUGACCGAGGGAAACAAAGCCUCGAGACAAUAUGCCUUCUUCUUGCCUAUAAGAUAAAAUACCCAAAUAACUUCUUCCUUCUGCGUGGAAACCAUGAAUGCGCGUCCAUCAAUCGAAUAUAUGGAUUCUAUGAUGAAUGUAAAAGAAGAUUCAACGUUAAAUUAUGGAAGAUUUUCUCUGAUUGCUUCAAUUGCCUGCCUGUGGCCGCUCUUAUUGACGAAAAGAUUCUGUGCAUGCACGGAGGUCUUUCACCCGACCUCAAUAACUUGGAUCAAAUUAGAAACUUGAGGCGGCCUACGGACGUACCGGAUGGUGGUUUGCUUUGUGAUCUUCUUUGGUCGGAUCCAUGUAAAGAUGUUAAAGGAUGGGGGAUGAACGAUCGUGGAGUUUCGUAUACUUUUGGUGCUAAUAUCGUCACCGACUUUCUUCAGAAGCAUGAUCUGGAUCUUGUUUGUCGUGCUCAUCAGGUUGUCGAAGACGGAUACGAGUUCUUUGCAAACCGGCAACUCGUAACCGUUUUUUCCGCUCCGAAUUACUGUGGGGAGUUUGACAAUGCUGGUGCUAUGAUGAGCGUGGACGAGACUCUCAUGUGCUCGUUCCAAAUUCUAAAACCCGCGGAAAAGAAGCCAAAAUUCAAUCCGGGUAUCAAUUUCUUUGGGAGCACAACCACAGCUAAACCGGGAAACACUCCACCAGGAGUCAAGCCUUUUCUCGGAGCUCGAGUAUGAGAUUUGGAGCACGAAGGGACUCGCGGUUGAAGGGUAAAAUUCGGGGGAAUAAAUUUUAUUGUUCGAUAGGCUAUAGUUGCGUGGAGGUUAGAUGAAAAACGUAUCUAACCGUUGUUGAUUGUUGUACCCUAGUUAUACGUAGUAUAUAAUACCCCGGUUGUUAAUUAACCCUAUAACUAAAAACGUAUUAUUGACACAUUCCUUGAUAAUUUCGGGGACAAAUAAAACGGAGUUGGUGUA